CAGACUGCGACGAACGAGAAGCCGAAUGUUUCCUUCUGAUUCUUCACUUUGGACCUCUGAGUGAGAAACUCUUAACUCCGGACUAAUGGCGUGACGCACAGAUUUAGGACCCUGAGGAGUCUUUCCCCGUCUGGCGUCACUCGCUCGGGCACGCCGAGGACAGCCCCCGUAGGGUCCUCGUGGCCAGCCAAGAUGGCUGCGCCCUCGGUGAAGGCUGCGCGAGGGUGGCCGGUCCUGGCGCUUGGCGUGCGGAAUCGUCUCCUGCGGCUUCCAGGGCUAACCCAGGUGAGGUGGAGCCGCUAUGGUCCUGAAUACAAGGAUCCACAGAUUGACAAAGAAUAUUACCGCAAGCCGUUGGCGGAGCUGACGGAGCACGAGAAGUAUGACCUGGAACUCAGGAAGACUCAGCACAUCAAAGCUGCCCCAGCGACGAAAACAAGCUCUGUGUUUGAUGACCCAGUGAUCAGUAAAUUCACCAACAUGAUAAUGAAAGGAGGAAACAAAGUCCUGGCCAGAUCCCUCAUGACGCAGACUCUGGAAGCUGUGAAGAGGAAGCAGUUUGAGAAGUACCAUGCUGCCUCUGCGGAGGAACGGGCAACCAUCGAACGCAACCCCUAUACCAUCUUCCACCAGGCACUGAAAAACUGUGAGCCUGUGAUUGGGCUGGUACCCAUCCUCAGAGGUGGGCAUUUCUACCAAGUACCCGUGCCACUAGCCGACCGGCGCCGUCGCUUCCUGGCCAUGAAGUGGAUGAUUACCGAGUGCCGGGAGAAGAAGCACCGGCGGGUGCUGAUGCCCGAGAAGUUGUCCCAUGAGCUGCUGGAGGCUUUUCACAACCAGGGCCCCGUGAUCAAGAAGAAGCAUGACAUGCACAAGAUGGCCGAGGCCAACCGCGCGCUGGCUCACUACCGCUGGUGGUAGCGGGAGGCGAGGGGCUCUGGGAGGAGCCCGCAGCUCUGUGCUGCGGGAAGUAAGGAAACACUUGACGGUUAAGGAUGCAGUUCCUUUUUCAGGGCAGGCAAGCCUCAUAAGGAUGGAACAACAUAUUUAUUGCUUGUUAGUCCUUUCUUUGGGGCCUAGAACUUGCUCUUCUUAUCCCAUCUGCUUACUAAGAGGGAACAUAACCACUUUAGGUUUCCCACAGGAAACCUGGGGCCCAUCCACCUUCUCCCCCUCGAUUUGGGGCAGAAGUUAGGAUGAUAUGAAAGGAAGCAGUUUUAAUGUUAGAAAAGCUUUAUUAGAAAAUUCUCACCCUGAACUGGUGUAGUGUGUGAUGGGGUGCCGCCAUUUACUAAAACCGACUAGAAAUA